AUGGCGUCGUCUUCGACUCCAAAGCACUUCAUCGUGCCGAUCUUUCCUGGGUUUCAGCUUCUCGACCUCGCCGGUCCGCUCGACAUUUUAAACCUGCUUUCAUAUAGCCAGCCCGGCCUCUCGUUCAAAUUCAUUGCAGAAAGUCUCGACCCGGUGCCCGUCAAACCCAUCGUGCCACAAUCUGCGCAGUGGACUUUUGAUCUUCAAGAGGCGUUUCCGCAACUGGGGGACAAGGUCAACACUGCAUUCAACCAAUACCUCCAGCCAGACACCACGUACGCAGACUAUUUGGAGGCGCUCAACUCACCCGGGGCGGACAAGCCGGUUCUCGAUGUCAUGCUCAUCCCGGGCGGCGUUGGCACACGACUGACUCGCCUUCAUCCAGACGGCAGCAAGUCAUCCAACAUCCAAGCCCUGGUCGACUUCAUCCCCAAGGUGAUCCCGCAUGUCAGCACCGCCAUCUUGACUGUGUGCACGGGGUCCUACGCCCUUGCAUUCACGGGUUUGUUAGACGGCCGUCGCGCGACGACCAACAUGUCCCGCUUUGAUGAUGUCGCCGGCCGGCAUCCCGGUGUAUCGUGGCAGCACGGGGCUCGGUGGGUUCGCAGUCUCCCGUCUGAGGCGUCAGGAAGUACGCCCAUCGAGAUCUGGACGUCGGCAGGUAUUAGCGCGGGGAUGGACGGGACCUUGGCUUUCAUUGCACAGUUCUACGGCGGCCUAGAUGUGGCACGAGAUUUGGCAAAGGAGCUGGAGUACGACUGGCGCGAAAUUGCAGAAGGAGAUAAGGAUCCGCUGUAUGAAAAAUACUACGAGGUGUGA